UGCCAACUAAUACAGUGAACCAUUAACGUGAACACGUUCUAGUUAACUGUUCUCUGUUCACUUUGCCACAUUGAAAUCUGUUCGUUGGCUCUUUGAGCAGAAGUAUUAAUAACACAGCGUUGACCGUCGGGGGUGAUCAGAUAGGCUGGAUAUAAUUUAAUGAAAAAAUAAUUUAAAAAAACAGGAAAAGUCCGUGUAAACCAAUAAGAAUAGUAAAAUAACGUUAACUCGGUAAAACAAUAACACGCCAGCACGGGGUCGAAGAAGAGAUCGUUUCCCUGCCGUCGCGAGGAGAAAAGAAAAGAGUUUAAAAAAACGCGAUAUCAGCUGAAUAAAAUAAGAACACAUAUCAACUCACGUCAAAAGUCUGUUUAAUAAACAAAUACAUAUAUUUUCCCCCCUCCCCUCUACUGCGCACUCUUCAGGUAAGCCAACAAGAAUCUACACACAUCUCUUCGAAAUCGUUAUUAUCCGGGGGAAAGAGGCUAUCCGCCUACAUAUGUAACCUAAGACAGACAACGUGUGCAAAGACAGAGGCUCGUUUAGAGAUGUUCCUGGAACGUGACUCUAACCUUCUUAUCUAGACGGUCGUCGGGGAGACGAAGGACACCCUUCGCUAGUCUUCCUGUAUACCUACAUACCUCAGUUUUCGGACCGUGGAAUGGCUCGUGGACAGCAGAAAUUACAAUCUCAAGCCAAGGCUGCCGACAAGGCGGCUAAAGCAAAGAAACAGCAGGGUCACAGCGCCAACGAUCAAAAAAAGGCUGCACAGAAGGCUCUUGUUCAUGUUUGUGCCGUGUGCAAGGCACAAAUGCCGGAUCCAAAAACGUACAAGCAACACUUUGAGAACAAGCAUCCGAAAAAUGAUAUGCCCGAAGACUUGAAAGAUAUAUGAGAGUAAAGCUUCACUAAUAUUGAACACGAGUGAGAAGAGAAAGUGGAGCAGAAGACAGGGGUGGUGGUGGUGGAAAAAAACACAGUCGAGAACAAGCCAGUUCAUAUGACUCUAGCUCACAACGUGAUAAAUACAUUAUAUACUAAUUUGUUUGAGACUCGUCAGACAAAAAAAAAAAAAACGACAUAGGUAGACUACCUAGUAUUUGGACAAGGAAAUAAAUAAUAAAAUUGAAAAUAAAACUGCGUAUCAAUCACAAUCGACAAUUAUCAUAUUUAUUGUAUAGCUAAAUACUUCACACUAUCGUUCGUUACGAUUUAGACUAUCUCUAUCACUUUCUCUGUCCCUUUCUAAACUUGUAAAUCAUCAUUAUAGUCACCUUGUGCACAAAAAUAUCCCGUAUGUAACAUUGUCAUUGCAUCACAUUUUAAUUACGAGUUACAAUUUCGAGCAUUAUUGUAUGUUAUAUAAAUAGAAAUUCAUAUAAACAUGGAGGGUGAAUAAUUGUUUUGACAAGAGAAUGAUAACCACAAGAGAUGUUGAAAAUUAGGAAAAAAUAACUGGCGGUAAUUUAUAGGUAGAUAGACAGAUAGAUAGAUAAAUAGAUAGUAAAUGUAUAAUUAAUAACACGUGUGGCGUGCAGCUAGCAUUUUUUAAAUUGAAGAUUUUAAAAUUUAAUUCAGAUCCACAGAAUUUUCAAAGAUACUUUAUACAGCAGGCAUCGCUUUCCAAAAAUGCAUCUAGGGAAAUAUCACAAUCUGUUUUUAUCACGCCAACAGAAAAUGUAGAUCAUCCAAGUGAUCUCCCAAUAAGCGAAACUAAAAGCAUAAUAAAAAUUGCUAUAAUUGGAUUAGCAAAUUCCAUCUACAUAAAAAUUUACAGUAUUAACGAUGAUGUAAUUUUCACGGAUAGUAUACUUUUGUUCCACAUAUUUCUUUUUGCUAGAAAUCAGUAUCGCUCGAAGCCCUCGAAGCUCUUGUUUGACGAAAGUAAAAUUAUAAUGCAUAAUCACAUCCCUGGAUAAUUAUUAGAUGAAAAUAAAUAUAUUACCUAAGUAUAGGUAGACGUAUGAAUGACUAUUUAUUUAUUUAUUUGUUCAUUUUUGAUUAUAAUGUUUAUAUUCUUUUUUUUUCUACAGUUUUUUCUGCUUCCUAUAAAUGCGUUCGAUUCGUUUUAUAUUAAUCAGUUCCAGUCCCUCCAAUAGAUUAAUUAUUAUCGGUGUUUGAACGAAGAUGCGCGUAACGAGUAGGGAGUAAUCGAUUUUCAUAGUUAGACGAAUAAACGUGAGAAAAAACCAUAUUAAAAAAAAAUAUUAAAUGGUUAUCAUCGACAUCAAGCCGAAAUUAAUAACGUAAUAAUGUUAGCGGAGAAACCGUUACAAUAAUAUUUUGUAAAAAAAAAUUUCGUAGACAUUGAAGUUUAACGAAAUUAUAAUCUUAGCAUUCACAUUAUUCUACUAACUAUCCAACGUAAAACUUUAGGUGAGGAUAAAGCACUUAUUACAUCAUAAGUGGAAACGGUUACUAUAUGCAUAGCUGCUUAAUUAAACUAUAAUUAUCAUCGAUUGGUCAAUUUUACUCCUGAUUACACGAGGACACACUUCCCGAAAUUAGUUAUUAUUACAGAGCGAAUUAAAUGAAUGUAAACGAAGCGAGUACUAGUUUCUUAUGUGCCAAAUCACGGAUUGAAACAGUAUUAAAGAUGCCGAUUAUGUACAAUUGUAAUUAGUACUCAAGUACGAUGAAAGUUUAAACAUGCGGACUACGUAGUCAGGAGCAAAGUUCGCUCCACUUUGAUAAGCUACGGUAGCUAUAAUCAUAGGUAUAUAUGUACAUUAGACAUUGGCUUUCGUUAUAAUAAUAACAAUUGUUACGGCUAUCAUGUUUUGUAAUUAUUAAAACGAUUAAAACUCUUUUUCAAGAAA